CCACUGAUUUGUUCCCUUUGGAGCACUUUCCAUUCUUCUCUCUCCUCUCUCUCUCUUUCUCUCUCAUCCAUUUUUUUUCCCUAUCUCUCAGAAACCAAUUCCUUCACCUUCCGUCAUGGCUUCUUCACUCGCCAAAACCUAACCAGAAGCUCCAUUGAAGACGAUUGUGGAAGCUGACUGAGAUUCUGCGAAAGGUGUUGAGUUGUUGUUGUUGUUGGAUUGAGAAUUUUAGGGUUUCGAGGUGUGUGAUUGGGCGGAAUUGACGAUGUCUUUGAGAAUCAAGGCAGUGGUGGAUAAAUUCGUGGAGGAGCUCAAGGAAGCCUUGGAUGCAGACAUUCAAGAUCGAAUCAUGAAGGAGAGAGAGAUGCAGAGUUAUAUUGAAGAGCGCGAACGUGAGGUUGCUGAACGUGAAGCUGCUUGGAAAGCUGAGCUCUCCCGUCGCGAGGCAGAGAUUGCAAGACAGGAAGCAAGGUUAAAGAUGGAGAAGGAAAAUCUGGAAAAGGAGAAAAGUGUGUUAAUGGGAACUGCAUCAAAUCAAGACAAUCAAGAUGGAGCUCUUGAAAUUACUGUAAGUGGUGAAAAGUAUAGAUGCCUCAGGUUUGCAAAGGCUAAAAAAUGAGGUUGACAUAAUGAUAUGAUAGUGAAAAAGAAAGGAAAAAAAAAGGUAGUGUCUUGUUUGUUGCCUCUUCUUCCUCCCUCUUAAGCAUGUUAUAAUUUAUUUUUUCCAAAGCAAAAUCAUCAUUAGUGUUGAAAGCUUCUAAGAUGUACAUGUAGGUAAUUAUUUGCUACAUUAUCAUGAUGCUAGCAGUAUUUAUUAAUCAUUCCAUUUCAUUUAUUUAGUGAAUGAAUGAAUCUCCAUCUCCCCAAGA